AGAAAAUCAGCAAAAGAUACUGGGUGAAAUUCAAACCCAAACAAACCAGAAGCAAAAGCCAUCACUCUUGAAUUGCGUCCUUCCUGCGGCUGUGUCUUGCUUCUUUGCUGUGUUGCAUCGUUCGUUGUCCUUCGAGCAAACACCUCGGACUGUUGCAUUUACAUCUCCUCCUGUCAAUCGCGGAUAUCGCCAAAGCACAUCACAAGCAAGCAAGCAAGCGAACAGCCAAGACAAGCACACGCCAAAGCAAAGCAAACCAAGCAGCCGAGACAAGUGAAGCAAGGAACAUCGGAUACAGACUGCUCGAAGUCACACAUAUACAUACGUCUAACAACGCAUCAUGAUGCGGUUCUCUCUUGUGCUGGCCCUUGUGGCCCUCGUUGGUGCUGUUGCACCAGCCAUGGCUUGGCAGAAGCCUGCAACAACCAACGAGUUUACCGUGCAGAUGGACGGCAACUGCCACGCCGACGGCAAGACCUGCGUCGCCAAAGCCAACUCGCAGAGCCUCACCACCCGCUUCGACUCGGAUGACGCCGUCGAAUUCACCAACAACGAGCUCAUCGGCUCAUACGCCCUGAUGCAGACCACCAUGAAGUUUUCCGACGACAACACCUUCUCUGCGUAUGGCAACAUCACGUUCGGCACGGGAACCUCCCGCGACCACACCAUCUACUUUGACUCGCGUGGCAACGUUGGCCGCAAGCAAUACGUCGUUGUCGGCAAGGACGACUACACCUUCGCGUACUCCGCCUUUGUCGUUGGCGGCACGGGGGCGCUGGACGGUGCGCUCGGGUUCGUCAGCGUGACCGGUUACAGCACCGACACGGAACUCAACACCUUCAACCAGUUUGUGUCGCUCGUCUGCAACGUGGACCUGGACAAGCUGAAGAAGCAGGACAUGCACCUGGCCAAGCCAUGAGCACCAACGUGCCACCACCUCCUGCUCCUGCUCCUGUUGCUCAUAAGCGAAUGACUCUGUCUGCUCCUCGCACCGUUGGCUUUCGUGUUGGCUGCCAUGCUGGCUCACGUUGAUCGCCCCACCUUCACGUGGGGGGGGGGGGGUUUGUUUCUUGUUUUGUUUUGCUUGGUGUGCCACCGCCGCAAUUUUCGUCCAUACCUGACGUGCUGUCUGCGCUCAUGGGUUUUGCGUUCCACCUGCUUGAUGUUCCCCUCUUCCCCGACUUCCCUUUCGCCUGUUGUUACCAUGCUUGCAUGCAGCAGACCCCAACCUUCUUGCCGUUGUUGCCCACACACGCCCUGCCCUUGCCUUGACAGCCGUCUUGGUUCCUUACGUGACAUGACCUCCACCAAUUUCAUUCCCCCUCUCGCUUUGUUCAUAUGGUCGCGCCAAAUACACCAGUCAACUCUG